ACAUAAUUGUAAUCUGUUUUAUUUUCUUUCAAUAAUUGAAGGUGGUUUUGGCAUAAACCACGUUACCUGAAUGGAUUUCAGCGUUAAUUUGAUAAUUUUAUAUUUUCAAUAGUUAGUUAAUAAUCCAAUGAGUAUGAUUCUAUUGUUACGAUAAUAUAAACAUUUAUAUUCAAUCAUUUUGGAAGUCAUAUAAUUAUCGGAUUAUAAACGUUUAAAUGAUAUAGAAAAACUUUACAUAUAUUUAUUAUCAAUGUCAUACGCAUUUGAUUUACACGAAAGUAUUUACGGUUCUGAGCCUUAUAAUACAACCAAUUGUAAAAUCCCAUCGAAUCGAACAACAACACAACUUAAACAAAAUGGUUAUGUCAAACAAUUUCUACAACAAAAUGGUAUGAGAAAAACGAAAAAAAGUAGUCCAUUAAUUUCAGUAAAUGGUACUGGAGGGGGAACAGGUGAACAACGAUUUGAUGCACAUUUUAAAGUAUUGCUACUUGGUAAUUCCGGUGUAGGGAAAACAUCAAUACUUAGAGCUCUUGUUGGUGAAACAUUUUAUCAAACUACUAUUUCAACAAUCGGUAUUGACUUGAUUAAACGAAUAUUCACAGUCGGAAAUCAUCGUGUACAAUUAGAAGUAUGGGAUACAGCAGGUCAAGAACAAUAUCAUUCUAUUGUAUCGUUACAUUUUCGAGAGGCUAAAUGUUUUAUCAUCGUUUAUGAUGUAACAGAUAUAGAAUCAUUUGAACAAAUACGUAAAUAUUGGCUUAGAUCCGUAGAUGAGCAUAUGGAUGAUGCAGUACCGGUGAUUUUCGUAGCUAAUAAAAUUGAUAUGAUAAAGGACAAAAGAGUGUCAACAGAACAAGGUCAACAAUUGACAUCUCAACAAGCAGCUCAUGGUUUCUUUGAGACAAGUGCAAAAACCGGUAAAAAUAUACAAAAUUUAUUUCAAGCAGUUGCUGAGUGCAUGGUGUCUACAUGGGGUGCUCCUAAACGUUGGUAUGAAAUAAAUACUGAGGGUAAUAAUAAUUUAGAUGCAUGGUCAAAUUCAUAUAGUCAUCGUCACAAGGAUACAGUUCAACUGGAUCAGAAAAGAGCUCCUAAUAAAGUACAAUGUUGUUUGACACAUUGACGAAUACGUAUCUUUCGGAUAGUAAUGUGGCCUUAUUUUAACUCUUUUCAAGUUAUACUACUAUAAUAUAUAUUAAGUAGUCAAAUUUGUAUUACAUUUAUUCUUCAGCAUCGUUUGAUAUUAAACCUACUCCCCAAGAAUACUCAAAAUAAAUAAUUUAUACAUCCUUCAAGUAAAAAUGUGUAAAUAAAACAUUUUCUAUAUUACAGAUAGUUUAUUAUGCUUAUUUGCAUUCAUUUAAACUUACCAUUCGUUAAAACAUUAACACAAACAUAUGCACAUUAUCAACACAAGCACCCAUGGUUAUUCACUAACCACUCACAAUACACAGCAAUCUCUUCAUAAUAAAAUUUGAACUACCCUAAAAUGAAGCCAAGUAGAGAUGUUGCUUCUCAAUUUAAGUAAACAAACAUUACAAUUAAAUCUCUUUAUUGUACAGUUUUUUCAUUCAUUCUAAUAUGCAUAUACGUAUGGAAAUAUGUAUGUGAUGACACGUUAUAGAAAACGUGGCUGCAAUAAAAUAAAUAUCAAGAUAAUUAAUUAAUCAUUAUAGAGCUCACUUUCAUGCCUUCAUUCGUUAUUAUUACUUCUUUUCUUUUGGUUAACCAACCUACUUAAGAACGUUAUCAUUUACUGUUUAAAGUUAUUUCUUUAUUUUAUUGAUUUGCAUGUUGGUUUGUUUGUUUGUUUCUUUAUUCGGUAACAUAUCUUUUUCCCCUAAUCCGAAUAUUGUUAUAUAUAGAUAAAUAGAUAAAUCUUUUGAAAGU